AUGCCCUCUUUUCUUCUCAAUCAAUUGGAGAAAGGGACAGACUUCAAUACGAAGAUUCAUCCGUCAUAUUUUGUAUAUCAAUCAAAAUCUUGCCAUGCCAAAAUGAGCAACUUUUUAAAAUCGAUUCAACCAACCCUCAACGAAAUCGUUUAUGAUCUUACUGGAUUAACCCUUUCAGAUCGAUUUAAUCCACACAAGAAACUAUUUGAAGAUGCGAUUAUACAUCGUUCGAAUGUCAAUGUCGAAAAACGUCAUGUCGACAAAAGUAUCCAAGGUUUAAAAGAAAAAUAUAUCGUUCAUGCUCAAGAUAAAAAGGCUGAUCUAUUGGAAUUUCUUAUCAAACGAUUCAGCAAUCGACCUUUGUUGAAACAUUCACCAGAAAGUGAACUUCAUCUGUCGUGUUUACAGUUCAUCAUUUCCUUAGCUCGAAGACCAUUGGAUGUCGAAUUAGAUGACUUCUCUCGUCUCGUUCAUGAACAAGUUGAGGAAGCGAAUUUCAAUUGGCCUGCAUUUUUACUUGGAAAUGAUUAUCAACAGCCGAUUGCUUCCGACGAUUAUCAAGAUGACGAGAGUCUCACUGACGACGACGACGAUCGAAUGGAUUCCACUUCCAUCCAGAAUGACACAAUAGUUGACAUUGAACUGGAAUCCAAACCAAUCGAUGAUAUCGAACAGCAGAAUUAUUCGUCGCUUGAUCGAGAGAUUCUCACGUCGUACUGGCAUGGCAAACAAGCCGACGAUGUCUCACCAGCUCUUCGAGAUUUCGCCCUGUUCUGGGACCAAACUAUGAUGAAAACAACCCAUUUAGCUUAUCGAGUGAACUCACAGACAGUGACUGAAUACAUUCUGAUUCGCGAAACUCUUUGGCUCCUGAUGAAUUCGAAUGAAUUGCAUGUGUAUUCUAUCGAUGAGAAUGAGCAAGUGCAUGUUGCGGACUUUGUUCGCCUGUGUGAUGUGACACCGGUAGCCAUUCAAGAAUGCUUACAAAAAUUUACUUUACUUUCAAAUCAAUUUCAAUUAGCCACAAGAUUUCUCAGAAAAAUCACUCAUUCAUGUCGAACUGUUUCGUCAUUUGCCCAAGCAAUUCGAGACCAAAUGACUCUUAUUCACUUUCAACUGGCAGAUAUUGAAAAAUCCGUUCUCCAACAAAAACAUACAUACACGAUACUCUCGUUUUAUCAACAACUAGAUUCGUUAGGUUUGAUUUCCAAAGGCGAAUGCAUCGAGCGGAUAUUCGAUCAGAUAUUCUUCGACGAGGACAAACUCAGUUGUGAUUUAACAUUGGAAUUAAUACACGUUCUGUACAAAAAUGUGCUUAUGUCAGAAAUGAUCAAUAAUUUGACGUUUUUCAAUUUUUUCCUUCCACUUUUUAUAUCAAGUUGUCGAAUCUAUUUGGAAAUCAUUCAGAAUUGGCUAGCAAAUGGAAAUCUAGAUGAUCCUUUCGAGGAGCUCUUCAUCAAACGGAAAACUGAUGUGUCGGUAGAAGCUUUGGACUUCUGGCAUCAAUCAUAUACAGAGCAAGUCGAGAAUGUCUCAUUAAUACCACGAUGGUUAGCAUCAGUAGUUCCAUCAUUGAUCAAAGCAGGCAAAUGUGCAGAAAUUCUCAAGUCAAACAGUGUUUUAACAAAUGAAGAAGAAUCACAAUCAUUCGUGGAAAAGUUUUCACAACAUUUGCAAGUGAACUGUAAUCUAACAAAACAAACUUGGACUCCUCUAACUGUCAUACACGAUUCCGAAACGAAUACUCUUGUAAAACCACUAAAAUCAAAUCCAUCGAUCUCUCUGAACUUGUUAUUCGACGAUAUCGAUAAUGAAAGGAACUCAUUCCUCGCAUUAGCGUUCAAUCAGAUGCAAAUGUCCAAACCGACUUUACUCGAUAUUAAUCGUGAGCAGUUAUGUCUUUCUUCAAGUAUCAAUCAAUUGUCGAAUAUCGAGUGUAUUCUACAGACUUUCAGCGAACAAAUCCUGUUGGUAAAAUGUACUCAAUUAAUCGAUCAACUCACUAAUGACAUUCUGCAUCGACUGAACUAUUUAAAACAUAUCGAGUAUAUUCGAAACUUUUUUCUCUUCGAAAACGGCUCAUUUAUGCAUCAAUUCGCACUGCGACUAUACGCUAAAUUGUCUCAGACAAUUCACGAACGUCUAGAUGCAUUCACAGUCCUUGUUUCAUUCGAUAGUACACUAACAAUGUUCGGUCUGGAUAAAAUUCAAUAUCCAUUGAGUGUGAUAUUUCAGUCGGCAACAGAAUCAUCCAUCACACAAAAGUACAUCAUACAAAAUGUUCAAUUAAAAUAUGAUUUACCCAAAGAACUAGUAAUCAUUGUCAAACCGGAGCAUAUGGAAACCUAUCAGAAAUGUUUUGCAUUUGUUUUACAAGUCAAGCAAGCAAAAUAUGUGCUAGAUCAAUUAGUUUUCAGUGAAUUUCGCGUGAAAAAUCGUGUCCGUAACCAUCGACUAUAUCGUCACCAAUCUUACCAAUUACACCAUGAAAUGUUUCUUUUACGUGCUCGACUUCUUCAUGCCGUCAAUGCUGUGAAUAAUUUCGUUCUCACCACGUUUCACACAGCCGGGGAACAAUUUGUUGAAAAACAUGCGGCGAAGUCGAUCGAUAUUGAAUCGAUGAUCAUUUAUCAUGAGAAAUUUCUCACAGCGCUCGCAAUCGGCAGUCUUCUACAACCAAAACAACAAGCUAUUCGCGAGCAAUUGAUGAAACUAUUUGAAAUUGUCACUAUAUUUGCACGACGUUGGCAAUUAGGCUUUGAUUCAAUUAAAAUUGAACAUAUUAACAAAUUGAAAACAGAAUUUAAUCAAACAAAACAAUUUAUUUCGAUUGUUCUUAAACCAUUCUUACCUCGAAUGAUUGAUUCCCCAUUACGCGCACUUGCCUGUGCUCUCCAAGAUGAUUUCUAUUCGAAUAGUUAA